AUGGCUGAAAUGAACAGAAGGUUUGGCAAAGUUGAAUUUAUUGAGAAACUUGCUGAUGCUACUUGCUUGAACCCAAGGUUCAAAAAGCAAGCCUUUGUCAACCAACAGGCUGCAGAUGAGACAGGAAAGAGGAUCACUACAGCUGCAGCACAUGUUAACCCAACUCAGGGUGAAGAGGAGACUGCUCCAGAUUAUGCUGCGAUUGUCACUGCAACAGCCAUGUUUUGGGAGGACUUUGAUGAAAGGCGCAGCGUUGGCAAGCUGAUCAUCAAAGUGGUUUCCACGUCCAAGGAGAGGAGCGGCGUGUCUUUACCCGCCCUGAAGAAAGCUCUGGCUGCCGGUGGAUACGAUGUGGAGAAGAACAAUUCCCGUGUCAAGCUCGCCGUCAACAAUCUGGUGAAAAAAGCGGUCUUGGUUCAGACCAAAGCGGCGAAGAAGCCCGCAGCGGCGAAGAACCCUAAGAAGGUAGCAAAAACCGCCGCCGCCGAGAAGUCUCCUAAGAAGGCAAAGAAACCUGCCGUUGCCGCCAAGAAAGUCACCAAGAGCCCCAAGAAGGCGAAAAAGCCCGUGACCCCCAAAAAGGCAGCGAAGAGCCCCAAGAAGGCGAAGACGGUUAAGCCCAAGACUGCCAAGCCCAAAGCAUCCAUGGCUGCCAAGCCUAAAGCGCCCAAGGCAAAAAAGGCAGCUUCUAAAAAGAAGUAA